AUGAGCUUCACGCAUCGUUCAGUUGAUCUCUGUCUCUGCGUUGCCAACGUGUCCAGCGCCAAAGUCGGCCCGCCACCAUCCAAUCAACACCUCGACGUCUCAACGAUGACCUCCCCAACCUCCAGCCCUGUCUACCCUAGCCCAACACACAUACUAGGAGCCAAACCCCCUGGCUACGUCGAAGCGACUGUACUAGAGGCACAACCCACAGAUUCCGACGCUUCUUUACCAGUGUACUCACCACCCAGGCCAUCUGUGCCAUGGCCUGGACAGUCCGAAGCCGCUCUCUUCAAUGUCGAGCGUACUAUCCGACGAGCUCGCCUUGGCGAACGAAGAAACAGAACGCUAGCUUGCUUUAUGCUGUUGGCGUGUUUGCUCAUUGCGAUAUUCAUCGUGGUGGUGAUCAUUGAGGUCGUUGGUCAUCUGGAUCAGUGA